GACUGGCCUUGCCACUCCACGAGUCUCGAUUUCAAGAGGUGAGCGAAGCGCCUGCUGCCAGUGCUGGGAACCCAUUGCUAGCUGACAGCAAGUCGUCGUGGAGUUGUCUUUCUGUCAUGGCAAGAGUGGCAACAACCGCCGAGUACAUGCACUGCCGACAGGACGAACACAAGACGCGAGUGAGAGAAACCAACCAUAUCCAGCUACUUCUGUCCGAGGCGGCGCUCUCCUGUUCAUUCCAUGGAGGCUGCCGUUAGCGCUUUGGUGGAUUCGCCGGCAUGGCUUCAGGUUUACGGCCUACAACGCCAGAAGCUAACGCUGCCGCAGGUGUUGGCGACGGUGGGUUUCAAGCAUAGCGAAGCGUAUGUGCGCGGUGUUGGUCGCCCAGUGGAGGCGCGUUACAAUCGCGGACUGUUUCCGCAGUAUCAGGGCAAGGAUGGCACGGUGUACAAUCUAACAGCAAGCCCCCAUCAACUGGAAAAUAUCGGUAAGAAGGUCCUGUCCGCUAUUGAGCUGCUCAAGAAGCGCUUGGAGUUUCUAACAACUGGAAGCCGCAAGGUGUUUGGUGCCAUCCAUGCACGGCGUCCUAUCAUCGUCGUCAAUGCCGUCGAAUCACACGUCGGGCAGGAGAGCUCCCUGCACGACGUCGUUCCGAUAAUUGGCGACGUCGUUCACGAACAGCUGGCCGGCAAAGAAGCAUUCAAUAUCAUUUGGGCAAGCGGCGAUAUCAAGGCCUGGCGAGACUCCUGCCAGCCGCAGCCCAUAGAUGUUUGCUCUCCCACCGACGCAGCGUCCUGGCUGGGUGCUCAGAGCCGGAUACUGCCAGCUCGCAUGUCCAACACAUCCAGCGGCUCUUCUGCUGCCGAAGCACUCAGCAUUGCCAUGGGAGAUAAAUAUGCUGACGCUGUCUAUUUCUUCACCGAAGGCUCGCUGACGGAUAGUUGCCGGUACAUUCUACAGAACAAGGCACAGACGUCGGGUAUCCCGGUCAACGUGAUUGCCUUCAACUGCACUGAACGCUCAACCUUGGACGCUCUCAAGUCGAUCUCCAAACUUUCGGGCGGAAUCUGCAUGACGGCAUCAAGCAUGCAGUCGGACACAGCGAUCGAAACUGGCGAACCGCACUGGAUGCAGUACGUCCGAACGCAUCGCGCCACGGGCGGCGGUGCCAUCUCACCCCUGCCACCACUUUCCAAGCCUGCCGUCUCGUCAUGGCCUCAGGCGCCACCGCUCACGCCCACCACCACCACCACCACCACAACAUCCAGGACACCCGGAAAUGGCUUGCAAGUGGUCCGCGAAGCGGUGCAGCUGAUCUGGGACGAACUGGAGGAUGCUCGGAACACGCUGGCCGAGCUGCAGGCCCUUGCGUAUGAUCUUCCUCGACCACAGUCCGCCCCUCUGCCACAUGACCAGGACCGGGCAGCGGCGACAAGCUCGCCCAGGGUUGGAGACCAGGACGCUGUGCCUCACCACGACCUCUUCGUCAGCUCCAAGGAAUGGUUGCAGACUCACGGCAUCGGUGCUCGCAAGCUUCUGCUUCACGACGUCCUCUCGGGCCUGGCCUUCCGCCACUGCGACUCCGUGGUGCGCUUUCACGAUCCGAUGACCAGCAUCGCCGGGGAAAUCACACCAACGAGCCAGGAUCGGCUGGUCGGUGCCAAGUACUGCGGGCACUUUGCCCAUUUCAGGUGGCCGGACGGCAGUGUAGUUCACAUUCACGUGACGAAUGAGAUCGUGCGCAACUACCACAUCCAGAUGACGAAGGCCAUCGACUCCUACCUCGCCAGGAUAGAGUGGCUGAGGCAGGGUAGCAGGGAGCUGUUUGGCACGCUCAUCGAAGACAAGGUGUGCAUCGUGAUUGAUGCUUCCUCGUCAAUGAAGAAUCGCCUGGACCUAGUCAAGGCGAAGCUACAGAUCCUUCUGCAGGAGCAACUCCGGCACAAGUCAAUGUUCAACAUUAUGCGCUUCAGCUCCAGCGUCGUGUCUUGGCGACCCACCAUGGUUCAUGUUACCUCACAGAAUUUGCAAGAUGCAUGGCGGUGGAUUCUCUCGCUGAAUGCUGGUGGCAGUACGAAUACACUGGCGGCAUUACGUCUCGCCUUGGCCGAUGCGUCUGCCCAGGCAGUGUAUGUGCUAACCGAUGGGAGGCCUGAUCAGCCUCCCGAGGGGAUCUUAGCCGAGGUGCAGCUGACCAGUAAGGUGCCGAUCCACACGAUCAGCUUCAACUGCGCCGACAGCCGGGCCAAUACGUUCCUGCAUCAGCUGUCGCAGGACACCGGCGGACGGUAUCAUUACUUCUCUGAUGAUGCCAGGGAUGAACAUGGACCACGACCAUAUGAGAGUGAAGACAUUCAUUUCCUGCACGAGGAGGUGGCAAAGGCGCGUGCCGAUCUGAAACGCAUGAUGGAACUACGCCAGGCGUGCCUUACAGUGGAGCAGCAGCAGGCAAAGCUGGCCGCAAGUAAGCAAACAGGAAAGGCGGGUGCAUCGCCAGGCAGCAAGCGCCCCAACACCAAUCCAGCGGGCGUGCAGAGAAGCACUCCGGCAAGUGCCAGGAAGAAGGCGCACCAGCCAGCGCAGGCGUCCAACUCCAGUGUCACUAGCCGCCAGUCAGUCGCCAGAGGCAAAGUACAAACCACUGUGCCGCUUCAAACGCCACGGAAGGUCCCCGACGGCCAUGCAAGUGAUGCACAGUCGGACUCCGCCUCGCAACUGGAUCAGUCUGAAUCCGAGUCGCAACCCGACGGCUCGGCAAAGUCGUACACUUCGCCUACCGGUUCGUCUUCGGCUGCAGCUGAAAGCUCUGCUGUGUCGUCGGCAUCGGAGAUCGAAUCUGCGACUGAGAGUCAAAGCUCCGCUGCACCUGCCGUAUCUCCGCGUGUGCAGUCCACAACCCUGCAGUCAGCAUCUGCAUCAUCCGUAUCUCCGCGUGUGCAGUCCACAACCCUGCAGUCAGCAUCUGCAUCAUCCGUGUCAUCUGCUGUGGCAAGCAAGAAACGAAGACCAAGAGAAAAGAAGUCACUGAAGGCAAGGCACGGAUAUCAAUCGUCUCAGAGUUGGCUGCAGGUGCACGGUCUUGCAGCGUGCCGUCUGACUAUCCUGGACGCUCUGCGGCCCACGGUCAUUGAACAGCAGGCAAACUUUGUGCCUAUCCUCAACAAACACGUGAGCAGCCGCGUCUUCAACGAGAUUAUGCCGCUACGGCACGUUGCUGAUGAGACGGGGCAUGUGUCCAUCGUCAAUCCACAGGCCGUCGAUCUGAAGUCGUACGAAGAGAAGCUAUCGGCGGCACUGGACAAGGUCCAGGAGCGACUUGACACAGUGGUGUGGAAAGUGCUCCCGUUCAAGAAGAGAGCAAGGUUUUCUUCCACCACAGCCGUGUCGGUCGUGGAGCAUCGCGAUGAGCUGCUGGGCAUUCUGGAAGAGUUGCAUUGGCCAAUUCCGAAACAAGACGUCAUGCUUCUACUGGAGGAGCUGAGCACCGGGAGGGCAUACUUGGAACAGUCUGUUUCCCUGCGAUCCAGCUCCUCCGCUGGAACUAGCCAGGAGCAACUGCGGAAUAUCCUGGCUAAUCCUGAAGUCAUGAAGGCAACACUGCAAGCUCUCCGACCGGCUACGGCAAAAUCGGGCUCUAAACCGCCCGCCAGGGCAAAGACCCCGAACCCAAAGUUUAGCAAGAAGACAACGUCUGCGAGAUCAACUGUGGAACCAGUGCCCAAGCUGACACUAGCUCGCUUUGAUGAUGACGGAUAUUUCUACGAAGCCAGUGUCACUGACACACUAAAUGCACGGAACAUCGUUGUCACAUUUCAAGAUCACCAUCAGCAACGCAUGGCCAAGAGGCAUCUGAUCGUGGUGGACAGAACAAAAACUCGGCCAAAACUAAUGGUCGGUGACAAUGUCCUGGUACAGACCUCGCUACCGAUCCCCGGUGCUGAGGACCUCCAGUAUCUCGUAAAUCCGCCGGCAAUGACUUGCUUUGUGCCGGCACAGGUGACUGUUGUACCCCGUCAGCUAUCCUCGUCAUCCUCGAGUCUCAGCCCGUCGACGGCUUUCUAUACCGUCCGCCUGUUUACUUCAUGCAAGAUCACAACAUUCCGUGACGACAUGAUCAAGAUCUCGCAGACCCAGUACUCGUUUGCCAUUCGCUACAUUACAUCGUUGGAGCAAGCUGACGUAGGCGUUCAGUUGACCCUGUUUCCGGAGGUGGCAACGGCAGCUUCACCACGCCGUGUGUCACCCAGCACCUCUCGGCAAGCUUUGCAGCAGACGGCACCUCUGGCACAAGUGCACGAAGAAACGCCAGCAAUACCGCUGGCACAAAGCCAGCCAACUUCAGUCCAAGUCUCACCAGUGGUCAAACAACGUAACGGCACUACACCACAAUCAUUGCCUGUAAAUUCGACGCCCACUCGUGACGCGACGCAUUACGAUGACGAUCAGUUGUCCGUGGCAUCGUCCACAGCUAGCUCGGCACGGCAGCGGCGAUACAGCACGCACACGCUGCAGCAGCUGUCAGAGCAGACGGGCAAGUUGCAUGCGCUGCAUGGUGAGCUGGUGACCAGCUCUGCCCGGGACAAGGCCAGCAUAGCCGAGCAGUGCACUGCCCUGGUCAGGCAGCACGAGGAGACCAUGGCGCUGUCGCAGCAACUCCGCCAGCAACACGCCGAGCAGGCCGAGCAGUUGCGACUGCAGCUGCUCACCGAGCACAAACAGCAACAGGACCUGGUGAAGUGCACCAUCGAGAGCACCACCGAGCUGGAAAACGAACGCCGCCGCGCUGCACAGGAAGAGCACCGAGGGCAGGUAGCUUCACUGACCGCAGCGCUCGACCAACAAGCCAAGCUCCAGCAGCAGAUCGAAGAGCAACAACGCCAGCAAGAGCAGGCGUUCUCAGUGCAACGGGACAAACUGCUUGAGCUCGCCAAGGGCUUGGAAAGACAGCAGCAGGACCACGCGAGCCUGGUCGCCACCGACCGAGAGAAACAAAACGCUGAGCACGUCGGCCGCCAGCAAGAUCUCGCCACUAUGCUGGAGAGCAUGAAGCUGCAGCAGGAGCAGCUGCAGCAGAAGCAGGCGGAACUCGAGCGCGCUCAGACGGAGGUUGCAGCGGUUCAUGAGCAGCAGAAUAUUGAGGGGUUGGGCAGUGCUGGCCAUUCUUCGCUGUCCUCUCCGCUGCAGGCCAGUCUGAGCAGUCUGCUCGACUACCUACCUGAAGGUGCUAAACUGGAGACGGUGCAAACUGAAGACGGAGAGGAUGCGGUGCUGGUGCGACAUGGGGACGUCGGUGUCAUCAUUUCCACAACUCAAGGCCUGGAGUCGCUGUCGUCCUCUCAGAUCGGUAUCUCUCCGGUGCUGGAACGACGGGCACCGCCGCGAGUGCUGGCAGCCGGCGAGGAGGUGAUCGCACGCUCCGGUAACGACGGCUGGUUCUUCCCAGGUAUCGUACAGGACUUGCAGCGCGACGGCACGUACUUAGUGGCCAACGGCUGUGGACUGCUAGAGGCGGUGGCACGUCAGCACAUUCUCUCCGAUCAGGACGACUGUGCUAACGAACUGAAUCUGGGCGAUCCAGUGCUGGCGCUACAUCCUAGCUUUGUGAACAGCUAUGCACCAGGUUAUGUCCAGAAGCUGAAGACGGAUGGCAAGUUGAAAGUGGAGUUCUAUGAUGGGAAAGUGGGACGUGUUGAGCGUCAUGACGUCUAUCUUAUCUCACCCGAGGUGUUCAUUGAGGUGAGCAUGUACAUUCGUCAGCAGGAGGCCAGUUUCGUCGGCGCGCAUGUGGUGGCGCGCUACAACCAAGACGCCUUCUACUAUCCCGGUCUUGUGAUGUCACAGCAGGGAGCGUCGCACACGUACGCCGUGCAGUUCACGCAGUCCGGAGUGCUGCACACUCAGAUGGUUCAGCAUGUGUUCAGUCGCCGAACACCACAGCCUGCCAUCUCUCUGGGUUGCCGAGUGCUAGCACCACUUCUAGCUGACUUGUCCGUGUACCUGCCAGGCUGGGUUUCCGGUGAGAAAGGCAACUUGCUGACCAUCAGCUUCAUCAACGGAGAACAGCGUCGAGCCAUACCUUGUGUGGAGUGCUACUGGAUGUCCACACUCUACUACAACCAGGCCAUACAGUUCCUCAAGCAGCUGCCACCGCCGGUGCCGCCGUUCUAAUGCAUCAUCACAUGUGCACACACCAGCCCGUGCAUACCAGCCCGUCAAACACCGGGUGUACAGCAGCAGAAACUACUCACGUCCCAUCGGCAGUUUCGGAGAAGACAAAGACAAUGCCAGCCAUCUGCAGGCAGUCCCUAGCCUUGUCUCGGUGUCACACCAGGACCUUGAUAAACCCAAACCCAUGCCCUUUUCAUUCUCGGAAUUGCAAGGUUUUAGAGUUGAGAUUUUAGCAUGAUUGCUUAGCAAAGAGUGUUGAAAUAUUAUGUGUUUUGUUUCAUUCAUGAAUCGUAUAAUAGAAACAGACUAACAGAGUGUUAAAAAUGUCACUGCAAAGAACGAAAUACGUAUGACAGAGAACGUCAAGUCAUUUUAAGAGAAUAAUGCUGCUUCAUCUGAUUGUGGAUUUAUAUUAUUUUGAUGACAAGCAGAUGAACACUAUAAUUAUUUUGUUGAGAAUUUCAUGCCAAAUUAUUUUUCAGAGAACCUCUAUAUAAACUGUCUCGAAACCUAAUGAUUAAAAACAAAGAUGAAUAGAUUUUUGGUUGGAGGAAAACAAAGAUGAUGAUGCCAUACA